GACGAGCGCGCCCUCGCAGCUGCCCUCCAUGCACGCCCGCACCCGUCUCUCUCCUCUUCCACCCUCUUGUCCGUAUCCCCUCACCUGGCCGAGGUCCACAAACACAAGUCGCCCUCGCCCUCGUCGGCGGGAGCUUCUCGUCUCUGUCACUCAUUUUCCUCUCCCUCGGCUGCUCUUGUCUGAUGCCCCUACCAAGCCAAGAACUGGCCAGGCAGUAAGUUCUGUUCAGUUAGAAACACACGGAGCAGAAGCAGAUUGUGCCGCCGUGUGUGUAUAAACAAACAGAGGAAGGGGUUGAUCGAUCGAGAGUACGUCGAGUACCGCGGUGCGACAGAAGAUUUGUUCAGUAGGAAUCGAGGGAGGACAGAGAUGGAUCAGGUGGUGAACGCGGUGAUGGACCUGGUGGUGCCGCCGGCGAGCAUGGUGAUGCUGGCGUUCGCGUGGCCGACGCUGUCCUUCCUCCGCGGCGUCGAGUGGGUGCUCAAGACGCUCACCAAGGAGGACAUGCUCGGCAAGGUCGUCGUCAUCACCGGCGCAUCCUCCGCCAUCGGCGAGCAAAUCGCGUACGAGUACGCGAGGCGGAACGCGAACCUGGUGCUGGUGGCGCGGCGGGAGCACCGGCUGUUCGCGAUACGCGACAACGCGCGGCUCCUGGGCGCGGGGCAGGUCCUCGUCAUCGCCGCCGACGUCGUCAAGGAGGACGACUGCCGGAGGCUCGUCAGCGACACCUUCACCUACUUCGGCCAGCUGAACCAUCUGGUGAACACCGUGAGCUUGGGCCACGAUUUCAACUUCGAGGAGGCCGGGGACACCACCGCGUUCCCUCACCUCAUGGACAUCAACUUCUGGGGAAACGUUUACCCGACCUACGCGGCGCUCCCGUACCUGCGGCGGAGCCACGGCCGCGUCGUGGUGAACGCGUCCGUCGAGAGCUGGCUGCCCAUGCCCAGGAUGAGCCUCUACUCGGCGGCGAAAGCCGCGGUGGUGGACUUCUACGAGACGCUCCGGUACGAGGUGAAGGACGAGGUGGGCGUGACGGUGGCGACGCACGGCUGGGUCGGCGGCGACGCCGGCGGCGGCAAGUUCACGCUCGAGGAAGGCGCGGCGGAGAUGCAGUGGAAGGAGGAGCGGGAGGCGACGCUAUCGGGAGGGCAGGUGGAGGCGUACGCGCGGGCGCUGGUGGGCGGCGCCUGCCGCGGCGACGCCUACGUGAAGCGCCCCAGCUGGUACGACGUCUUCCUCGUCUUCCGCGUCUUCGCGCCCGACGUCCUCGCGUGGACCUUCCGCCUCCUCCUGUCCACGGCCGCCCCCACGACGGCGCACGCCCGUCGCCCGCCGCCCGCAGCGCUGCCGGCACCGCCGCUCCGGCCGCUGCUCGAGUACCCGGCGGCCGCGGCACGGAGGCCCGCCGCCCAGCUGCAGAAGCUGGAAUGAGGGAGAGACUGCGGUGCAUCGAUCUUUGGGAGUGGCAAUGCCAUUGCAUUCGCAUGUUUAUGUACCAACUAUGAACUGAUUUUAUAGGCUGCUUUGAAUAAAAUCGCCGGCUAUACAUGGCGAGAUGCAAUGC